AUGCCAGGAAUCACCGUUUCGCCCGUCACUCCUGCUCGACCUGAGUUGGGGGCAGUUAUCGACAACUUGGACCUGGAAAAUCUGUCAGACGUAGACUUCGAGGCUCUCCGCAACGCCCUCUACACCUACAAUGUCGUCUGCGUCAAGUCCCAAUCGCAUCUCACGCCCAAGGGCCAGGCGGAGCUGACCCGCCGCUUCGAUCCCGAGGCCAUGUCAUAUGGCCACGGCAAAACCAUUGACGCCAAACGGUCUAUCCUCCAUCCUGACCUCAAAACCGUGCCUCACCAGCCCGAGGUCCAAGUGAUCGGCAAUGGCUUUGUGCCCGAGUACGAAGGCCUCAAGAACAUCACCUUGAAGCAUCCUCAUCAUCGCACAUUCCACAAGACCAUCAUCCCGGACGAGAAGGACCUUGACUAUACCCGCUUCUACCGCUGGCACAUCGAUGCCGCACUGUACGGGGAUCUUCAACCACCGCUGGUGACGUCUCUGCUUGCCGUCAAGGUUCCAAAGGGACGGACUCAAACCCUUCUCUAUGACGACGGCAGCGACGACACCCUUCAAGUCCCUCUGGGCACCACGGCCUUUGUGUCCGGGUACACGAUGUUUGACAAGCUCAGCGCCGAGCAGAAGGAGUUCGUGCUCACCUCCAAAGUCGAAUACGCCCCACACCCUUACGUCUGGAUCUCGACGGCGAGAUCGCGUCCGGACGGCUUGGGUAUGGUCUCCGAAGGCAAGGAGGUGCCCGUCGACGAACUCCCGCCGAUCGAAAACCCCACUGACAUCCAGAUCCAACCCUUGGUCUGGCAAAACCCGGUCACGGGCAGGUUCGCCCUGCAGAUACACCCGUCCGUUGUGCGCAAGAUCCACCUGCGCGACGGCACCAUCAUCGACGACCUGGCCAAGGUGCGGGAGAUCGUGCACGACCUGCAGCGGCCCGGCAUCGCGCCGGAGCUGGUGUACGCGCACGACUGGCAGGAGGGAGACUGUGUGCUGUUCAACAAUCACGGUGUGUUACACAGCGUCGUGGGCGCCUUCGACAAGGAUGAGGUUAGACUGUUUCGGCAGUGCAACUUGGCUGCGAGUCGGCCGCCCAUCGGACCGGACGUCCAGGUGUAA